AGCUCUUGAUCUGAUAAAUACACCAUCCAUUUUUUUCUUCCGUAAUUCUAAAAGUUCUUUUCUUUUGUUUUCUAAAAGUUCAUAAUUAGUGUUAGGCUGGGACUCAAUAUCCUUUAUUUCUUUUAAAAGUUUAUCUUCAUUAUUGAUGUUUAUUUUUUUCUAUGAGACGCAUAACGAAUGGUGAUUCCUCUAAUAGAUAAAAGAAGAGUUUCAAAAAAUAACUGGUCAUUAAUGUUGAACUGAAGUUCAUGAAGCGGAACAUCAUUUAUAUUUUCAUUAAUGUUGGAGGAAUAUUGAAUUUUUGUUUCUUUAAUGACUUUUUUAACUUCAUUUACAUAUGCUACUUCUUUUAAUAAAGAAUUGUUAAACUUCCAGUAUGAUAUUCCUUUUUUAAAUUUGUCUAAAUCGAGUGAUAUAUAAAUUAAAGAAUGAUCCGUUCGGUAACCCGAUAAAAUUAGUGAACAUUCAAGAUCUGUAUACAAAUUAUCAGAAAUGAGAAAAAAAUCUAAGCGUGCCUUUUUAACUGGAUUUCUUCUAAACCAUGUGUACUCUCUUUUUUCUAAAUGAUUUUCUCUCCAGCAAUCUAAAAGAUUGAAUUCUGACAUAAUAUUAAAAACUUUAUCUCUAGCAUUAGGAUUAUUUAAAUGAACAUAAUUAAAUAAAUUAAAUUUUGUUGUUAUGAAGAUAAGUGAUGCAUAACUUGAAUAACAUUUGGUUUUGAACUUCCGCGUUCCAAAGUUCUUGUUUCAACUGAUAAAGAGCGAGACAGAUAAAUCAUGGAAGUAUCAGGGAAAUUAGCAGCUCCCUCAAAGAAACAUUUUAAUCUUUACUGCCUUCCAUGCAGCAUAGAUGGAUUACAAGAGCUAGCUUACGUCUAUUGCCAGGAGUGUGAGGUACAUCUGUGUAAGAGAUGUUCCUAUCAUCACCGACAGCAAAUAUCAUCAAAAAACCGUGUUCAGCAUAAUACGGAAAUAAUGCAAAAGCAACCGAAGACAGGGGACGAAAAAAGUGAUCAAACAAUUAAUUUCUGCAUUAAACGUAGUAACAAACAACAGGAGUUCUUUUGUAGUAAACAUCGUUCUAUGGCAUGUUCUGCUUGUUUAAUCAAAGAUCGAAAACAUUGCAAUGUUAAGUAUAUUCCCGAUAUUCCAGGAAACCUGUCUGAUGGGCUGGAUAAUUUAAUAGACCGAAUGGAGACACUUGUCAGGAAGUUUAAAUGUAAGGUAAAAGUUACUAAAAGUGCCACAACAAACAAAGAAAAAAUGUUCAUGAAAAUUGCUGAAGAUUUACAGAUGAUUAGAAAGGAAAUAAACGAAUUUUUAGAUCAGAUGGAAGCCGAAAAUAUAAAGGAUAAAAUAUAAAGCUCGCAAGCAUGCAGCAAAAUCUACACAAGAAAAUGUAAACGCAGAAAGUUUACAAAUCGAAGAGGAAAUGCCAAGUACAUUGUACAGACUAAAAGAACAUAGUAACGAGGACAAACAGCAUUAUAAGUUGUUUAAUGAGAUGACAGAAAUCGUACCUCAAGUUGCAAGACAAUUAGAUAAUGAAAAGCAAUUAGUGGAAUAUAAGGGUGAUAUUACAUUUGUCCCAAGCAAAGACAUAGUACAUCAAGUGAAAAAUGAUAAAUAUAUAGGGACGAUUUCUACACACAGAAGACUCUCACCCGAUAGUACAAUAUAUGCCCAGUAUGAAAGAACACUUCAAAUGAAGCCCUCUUUUGAUAAGGAACAAUGCCAUAUCUUAGGAAUGAUAUUAAUUUCCAACAAACAAAUGAUUGUAGCUGGCUACAACAAUAACAAAAUAAAAAUAAUUGAUAUAUGCCACGGAAGGCUUGUAUCACAAAUAUCUGUAUCCUCAGAACCACGUGAUGUGAUAAAACUUCCACAAAAUCAAGUUGCUGUUGCUCUACCUGAUGAACAACAUAUCCAGAUAAUGUCUUACACUUACACAAGUAUGUCUUUAGAUCGUCGUAUAGAUGUUGGAAAUAAGUGUUAUUGUGUAGCAUAUUGGCAAGACAUGUUAGUAGUAGGCUGUAAUUUUAAUCCAGGAAAGCUGAUUGUUUUGGAUUUUGACGGAAAUAUCGUAGAGGUGUUUGACACUCCUGGAUUGUUUGGAGGACCUAAAAAGAUUGUUAUCAGCAUUGAUGAGAAGUUCAUAUAUGUAUCUGAUUAUAACAAUGUGUCAAAGAGGAGUAAGUUCCUAAAGAUAGACUGGCAAGGAAACAUUGUACAAAGAUUCGAGGAUCAAGGAUAUGUAAGUCCUACAGGAAUACAAGAGUUAAUAGGUGGUACGUUGUUGGUAUGCUACAGGAACAUUCACACAAUUGUAAGAUUGUCGAGGAGCUUUAAAGAAUGUCCAAUUGUAGGAUUGGAGAAAGCAAACCUUCAUUUUCUACAGGCUGUUAUAUACUGUAAAAGAGAUCAAAAAUUGUAUAUUAGUUGCUCUUCUGCACACGGCUUCUGUGCGGAUAAAAUCAAAAUAUUUAGUUUUGAAUUGUUUUAACUGCAUAACAUGUUAUAUUGUAUAUUAUACGUAUAUAUUCUGCAUUCAUUGAGAUGAAUUAUAUAUAUUGUUUUAUGAAUAUACAUGUAUAACAUCUUUGUCAUUAUCUUUAGAACACUGCAUGUACUUCAUCAUUUUAUUUUAAUGUCAGACAUCAUACAGUUUGAAUAUUUUGAUUUACACUUCUAUUAUCGUGAUUUUUUUUUGCAUUUGUAUUCUUCUAUAACAAUAUAUUGUCAAAGAUAUAGAUUUUGCUACAAUUCUUAAUUUCAAACAAAAGCAAUAUCUUGAUAUCUUAGCCGAAUUAUUUUGCAAGGUAACAAAACAAAUUGAUGUCAUUUAUGCCAUUAUAUCUAAUGCUAUCUUUCGAUAUAAAUCAUAAAUGUCUAGUUUGUUUGAAUAUGAAACAAUUAUAUACCUUACCAAGAUAGAAAACGAUCCAAUAGAAAAUUUAACUUGUAAUUUACAAAAACAAAAAUUCAAAUUAAAAAGUCUGCUUUUUAUGUUUUUUGUUUAUCUUUUACCGCGAUAUAUUAGUAUUGUAAUUGUUAGAAAAUCAAAAAAGAGCGCGAAAAACUCGUGCGGGGUUUGUCAGA